UUGUCAGUAACAAAAGAGCAUUAGAGCAGUAGAGGAUUAUGGAACGUUGGCAAAACAAGGUGGCUGUGGUAACGGGCGCUAGUGCUGGCAUUGGUGCCGCCACUUGCAAAGUGUUGGUAGAACAAGGUAUGAUUGUUGUUGGUCUAGCCAGACGUUUGGUUAAAAUGAAAACUAAAGUUUUGCCAACCAUUGCCGCCGAUAAACAGCACAAUUUCCAUUGUUUCAAAUGUGAUGUGGGUGAUGAGGAGAGUGUUAAGGAGGCCUUUGAAUGGGUAAACACACAAUUCGGUGGUGUAGAUGUUUUAAUUAAUAAUGCUGGUGUGGCGAGGUCAACCACUUUAUUGGCUGAGAACAACACACAGGAUUUGAAAGACGUCAUUAAUACAAAUGUUAUGGGUGUUGUUUGGUGUACGCGUGAAGCUUUUCACUCUAUGAAAAGGCGUAAAGUCAAUGGUCAUGUUAUCAUCAUCAACAGUGUGGUUGGACAUAACGUUCCCAUUUUACCGGGUAUAAGUUUAAAUAUUUAUCCAUCGACCAAACAUGCUGUUACCGCUAUGACUAAAGUACUUAGGCAGGAAUUUUCGGCAGAAAAGACAAAAAUUAAAAUCACUAGUCUAAGUCCUGGUGGUGUUCAAACAGAAAUAAUGGGUGAAAAUACUCCAAUGCCUGAAGGUAUGCCCGUUUUACAAGCACCAGAUGUAGCCGAUGCGGUUUUGUUUUGUUUAAAGACUCCACCUCACGUGCAAAUUCAUGAACUGACCAUUAAGCCAAUGGGUGAAAUGAUUUAAAAUAUUUCGCCGACUGAUGUCAACAUGUUGUGAGAUAAGAUUUGCUAAUGAUUAAUUUAAAAUUAAAUUAUAAAAAUGGUGUGAAAAA